AUGGCAUUGAAAGCAGACAACAGAAGUGAGGACGGCGUUUCUUUGGAGAACCUCCCACACCAGCUGCGGAUCUGUGGGGGGAACGUCCUGGUCGUCUUCCCUGGUCGCGCGCCGAUCUGCCUCCGGUGCCACCGAGCGCGACACAUACGCCGAGACUGCAGGGUGCCCCGGUGUAACCUGUGCCAGGCCUUCGGACACGAGGCCUCGUCGUGCAUCAAGCCGUACGCCCGCGUUGGGACCGGAAACCGCCGUGGCGUCGACGCCGAGACCAUGGACGUGUUCGAGGCCGAGAGGGCAGCAACAGCGACGUCGCCGACAGACCAGCAAACCCACGGCGGGCCCGCAGAGAACGGCGGAGUAUGUGAUGAGGCGAAACCAAGACCCUCGCCCGGGGCAUCAAAAGAAAAGGCGGACCCCGAAGUCGCGGCUGAAAAGGUGACGGACACGGCAACCGCCGUGCCGGGGGACGAUGACGGCAAGGACCGUGUGGACGAAGACGUCGGGACUAACCUUCAUGACGAAGACAAGGUCCAGGGUGACGACGACGGCAAGCCCAAGGAGGGCGAGGGUGGCGUCGACGGCAGGUUCAAGGACGCGGAGACCGGAGCGGUGAGGCGACGGCACGAAGGCGUAAGCUCCAAGAACGCCGACAGGGAACUGCGACGCCUCGAGCGCGAGUGGGUUGGCAACGGGGGAAUUAAGCGUGUACGGUCGAGGUCUCGCCAGCGCCAAGGAGCAGCAACCGAAGUGAGCUGUCGCGUAUACUGUUGA